CUGAAAAAGCCCGAAGAGGCAAAGCAAACGUUCAUCAAGGCGCUCAACAUCACCAAGUCAAGAUUUGGAGAUUUGCAUCAUGGAACAGCUGAAAGAUUGAGUGAUUUAGCGUCUAUGCACUUAGAGUUACGUAACUUCGAUCAAGCGAAGGCUUUAUACACGAAAGCACUCGACGUGGAUACGCAACUUUUCGGGCGAAAUCACCCCAACCUCGCUGUGCAUCAAAUAUAUCUCGCGAGUGUUCUAAGAGCGCGUGGUGAAAAUCUCGAAGCGCUCCGUCAAUACAAAGAGGCGGAAGCCAUUCUCAAAGAAACGAAUGAAACUGUGCACCCAGGACUCGCUGCGAGUCUAAAUUCCUUGGCUGAAAAAUACAAGAGUAUGGACCAAGCCCAAAGAGCCGAACCUCUGUACAGCCGUGCUGUCGAAAUCGCCGAACAUGAUUUCCACGCUAGUUCAGAGCUUGAAACUUACUUGAUCAAUCUCGGGAGAUGUUAUAGAUCACAAGGUAGAACACUUAAGGCGAAGGCGUGUUUCGAGCAGGCGCUGAAAAUCGCUGAGGGCGAGUUCGACGCGGCGCACACCAACAUUGCUACGCGAUGUGUCGAGUUGGGUGAGUUGUUGAUGGAAAUGAAAGAGUGGGGUGAGGCACUACCGUGUUACACUCGCGCGAAAGAUAUCAGAGUGCAAAAGUUCGGACUCGAUCAUCCA